CCUUUGAAUUUUGAACAUUUCUUUAGAAAAAAUAUUGCCUCCCACCUUUUUUUAAGUGGUCACUCUGCAUCCCACUCUCUCCGUCUUGAUAGUCGCUACUACGUUACGCAAUGUCGGGAAAAAGCAAGAUUCUGGUGAUUGGCGGCACUGGCCGCAUCGGAAAAUAUAUAGUGGAGGCUGCUGCUAAAGCCGGUCACCCUACCACUCUUCUUGUCAGAGAGGCCACUCUCUCUAACCCCGCAAAAUCCAACAUAAUCCAAAACUUCAAAAACUUGGGAGUUAAUUUUUUUAUUGGAGAUCUUUAUGAUCAUGAGAGCUUGGUGAAGGGCAUAAAGCAGGUGGAUGUGGUGAUAUCAACAGUAGGUCACGGUCAGUUAGCCGAUCAGGACAAGAUCAUUGCUGCAAUUAAAGAAGCAGGAAAUGUUAAGAGGUUCUUUCCUUCAGAAUUUGGAAAUGAUGUGGACCGUGUGCAUGUUGUUGAGCCAGCAAAAUCAGCACUUGGGACCAAAGCAAAAAUCCGACGAGCUGUUGAGGCUGCGGGUAUUCCAUACACCUAUGUGUCCUCCAACUUUUUUGCCGGCUUUUCCCUCACGACUUUCUCACAAUCUGGAGCUACAGCUCCCCCAAGAGAUAAAGUUGUCGUUGUAGGGGAUGGAAAUCCCAAAGUUGUUUUCAACAAGGAAGACGAUAUUGCCACAUACACUAUCAAAGCAGUAGAUGAUCCUAGAACCUUGGACAAAAUCCUUUAUAUCAGACCUCCUCUCAACACAUAUUCAUUCAACGAUCUUGUGUCUUUGUGGGAAAAGAAGAUAGGCAAGACCCUUGAGAGGAUCUAUGUUUCAGAGGAACAACUGCUGAAGAACAUCCAAGAAUCAGCUGUCCCUCUUAGUGUGAUGCUAGCAAUUAAACACUCAGUGUUUGUGAAGGGAGAUCACACCAACUUUGAGAUUGAACCGUCAUUUGGAGUUGAGGCUUCAGAGCUCUACCCUGAUGUUAAAUACACUACUGUGGAUGAGUACCUUGACCGGUUUGUGUGAUGCUUGUGCAUUAAUUAAGCUUUGUCAUCUUAACAAAUUGAGUGGUAUUGGGCCUAUUGGCUCAGGUCUCUAGUGUGUGCUACAGUACAAUCAUAUUUCCUUUGCUUGUGUGAUUUCUGUAUGUUCUGUAAGAUGGCAGUCAGCUACUACAAUGUCCAAUAAUAAAAGUCUGAACUGCAU